AACUUUCUUUCUUUCUUUAAUCUUAUCCUUGUUUCUUGCGCUAAAGGAUUUUGUAUUCGCUUGCGAAGAAGUCAUUCGUUCAAAAUGUCUAGUCAUAAUCCUCAGGAAAGCUCAUCUUCCGAUGAAGAAGAGUCCCAUAGAUCCCAUUUGAACCUACCUCAGGUUAACCUUUCGAAUAUUAGGAAACAACAAACCAAAGCAACCCCUCGGGAUCAUUUUGUUAAGAGUAAAAAGAAGCUUCAGGCUAAAAAUAAAACGGUGAGAUUCCCAUCGGAAGAUUCAAGGAGAGAUACCAUGAUAUCCAAUGAAUCAACUACAAAUAAUGAAGAUUCAGAUUCAGACAAUGACUCGAACUAUAUACCUCGUCGUUCUGGCUCUCUGAGUGCGGAUGAUGCUAAUUUACCGAGCUUCAAAUUCAAUUCAAAUGAAUUGAGUAAUCAAAAUUUUAAUGAAGAAGAGGAAGAAUCGGAUGAGAAUGAUGUUAAUGAUGAUGAUGAAAAUAACCAAAAUCGUCAUCAAUACCAUUUAGAUAACCCAGAUAAUGAGAUAUCCGGAUCUUCGGACUCUUCAGAUGACGAAAGAGAAGCUGAUGGGGCUGGGAAUAAAGAUAAAUCUUCUAAUUUGCAUUCUGAUAACAAUCAACAUAAUCUCGAAAAGCAGCCUUCAAUCACUUCUUCCAAAAAUUCCAAAUCUUUCCAUUCAAAAUCAGCUCCUGAAGUGUCACGUCUGGGUACUCGUGGUUUCCGUCGUGAUAAUGAUCGUGAUUCUUUUGGUUCGAGAAGAGAAUCUUCCCAACAUUCUUUCAGAACUGGUACCACCGGAACCAGUGAAUCACGCGCUGGUAAUACUUUUAAAGGUAUUCUUCGUAGAAUGGCAUUAGCUGAUCAAGCUUAUUCAAAUACCCAUGCAGCAGUUAAUGCUAAUCCUAAUACAGUUGAUGAUGUGGAUUUAGCAACCGAUACAGCUCCUUCUCACGGUGACUCCUUUAUUGGUCGUGUUUUAAGUUUGAGUAAUAGAUCGGGAAGUAUUAGCGGUGGUGGGUUGGCUCCUGGUGCCCUGCAUCGUUCUCAUAACUCUCGCGAACGUACAAUUGACGAAGAAGAAGAGGUUGGUGGAGGUGAACUUGAUCGUGAAGCUUCUGAUUCUAUUGAAUUGAAGAGAUUAGAUUUAGAAGAUAUCAAUGAUGAGGCUCGUAAUUUAAUUGGUACUCAUGUCCCUGGUGGAGCUGAAAUAUUGAAAAACCAUGAUAUUGCUAAAAGAGCUGAACGUAAACGUGAACGUGAACGUCAAAAAAGAAGCUCUUCCGAUAACAACACCCCCCCAACUUCAAAUAGUUCAACUACUUUCACAGUUAACAAAGAAAAUAAAGAUGGUGAUACUGACAUUAGUGGUUCUGAAAGUGGUUAUGCUUCGUCUGUUAAUGAUAGUCCACAUGGUUUUUAUCAACCAAAUUCAGAAUUUAACGUCGAUCAAAACUUAGCAAAUGAUUUGCAAGAUGAUGAAUUCAUGAUGCUAGAUGAAGGUGGUGGUUAUAUAGCACCUCCUAAGCAAGUACACGCCGGUGUUCUUCUGUCUCUUUUACAAUUAUAUCAAAAUCCUCAAGAUAUAAAAUCUACUUCGAGUCUCAAUACAGGAUCUUCAUCUCUAGCCGAAGGAGGUGAUUAUAAUGCUCAUGAGGAUUCGGAUGAUGCUACUAAUAAUCUAUAUGAAACCAAGAAUACUAGUACCGUUGAUUUUACAAAAUUGAAGAGCGGUAUCAAAAAGGGUGGUAAAAUGGUCUUGAAUGCACCAGGUAAAGUUGGUCAAGCCGGUUAUGCUGGUUAUAAGAAAUUUGGACCAUCCUCCCGUACUUCUACUGGUGACUUCGACGAGAAAGAAGAAGAAGAUGAAUCUAAUGAAAACUUACCAUCAUUUCAAAAUGCUAAACCAAAAGCCCCUAAAAAGAAUACCUCAUCCUCUAAAGUUCCCCAAGUUAGUAAAAAAUUACGUAAACAUAAGAAGCAACAAAAUCAACGUUUACGUAUCACUGUUCACAUUGCGGAUAUAAUCCAAAGGCAAAGAUUUAUCAUGAAACUUUGCAGAGCUUUUAUGUUAUUUGGAGCUCCAUCUCAUAGGUUAGAAGAUUAUAUGAUCAUGACAAGUAGAGUUCUUGAACUUGAUGGGCAAUUUAUUUAUUUCCCCGGUUGUAUGAUUAUGGCUUUCGGUGAUGCAGCAACUAGAACUUCGGAAGUUCAUCUUGUUAGAUGUUCACAAGGUCUUAAUUUAUCAAAAUUAUCAGACUCUCAUGUAAUCUACAAGAGUGUUGUUCAUGAUUUAUUGGCGGUUGACGAAGCAACUGCAAAAUUGGAAGAGUUACUUAGAAAGAAGAACUUAUACAAUGCUUGGAUCUGUGUGUUUUUAUACGGGUUAGGCUCCGCAUCUGUUACUCCUUUUGCAUUUAGUGGUAAUUGGUAUGAUGUCCCUAUUUCAUUUUUGAUUGGAUUAUGCGUGGGUUAUUUACAAUUUUUUGUCUCCUCAAUGUCUAAUUUAUACUCUUCAGUUUUUGAAGUUACUUCGUCGAUUGUUGUUUCAUUUAUUGCAAGAGCAAUAGGUUCAAUAAAAGACGGUAAAUACUUUUGCUUUGGUGCUAUUGCUCAGGGUUCAUUGGCCUUAAUUUUACCAGGCUAUAUUAUUUUAUGUGGGUCUUUAGAAUUGCAAUCAAAAAACCUAGUUGCUGGUUCCGUUAGAAUGUUUUAUGCAAUCAUUUAUUCAUUAUUCUUAGGUUUUGGUAUUACCUUAGGUGCUGCUUUGUACGGUUGGGUUGAUCAUGGCGCAACAGAUGAGGCAGUGUGUGAUACUGGCCAUUCAAUUGACGAUAAAUGGAGAAUAUUAUUUGUACCUUUAUUUACCUUAUGUCUUGGUUUGAUCAAUCAAGCCAGAUGGAGACAGAUUCCAGCAAUGCUUUUCGUUUCCUGUGUCGGUUAUAUUGCCAAUUAUUAUGCCGCCAAAUAUUUCAAAAAUAUUACUGAGUUCACCGCAGCUUUAGGUGCGUUUGUUAUUGGUAUUUUGGGUAAUAUUUAUUCUAGAUUUUUCAAGGGGAUGGCUGCAAGUGUCAUGUUGCCAGCUAUUUUUGUACAAGUUCCGUCUGGUAUUGCAAGUAAGAGUACUUUGUUGGCCGGUAUUGAAUCGGCCAAUCAAAUCACGAAUAGUAGCUACGAAGGAUCUUCGGGUUCGGAUGUUAGUUCCUUGAGUUUUGGGGCUACAAUGGUGGAAGUCUCAAUUGGUAUUAGUGUAGGUUUAUUUGCAGCUGCAUUAUUUGUUUAUCCAUUCGGUAAGAAGAAGACAAGUUUGUUCUCAUUGUGAUCCUUCUCCUCAAGAGCGUUUAUUUAUUUAUUCAACCAUGCAGUGACACUGCAAUUUGAUGUUUUUAUAAUGAUAGAGUUUAAU